AUGGUUAGGCUGAAAUUUCAAACAAGGGAGAUUAAAAGCAUCCUCGAAAAAACAGUGAGUACUUCAAGGAAGGAAUGGAGCAAGAGGUUAGACGAUGCCUUGUGGGCUUAUCACACUGCAUACAAAACUCCAAUCGGCAUGUCACCAUACAGACUGAUAUUUGGGAAAAUGUGCCACCUCCCUGUAGGCAUUGAACAUAAAGCUUACUGGGCAGUCAAGGAAGUGAAUAUGCAACCUAAGGUGUGUGUUGAAGAAAGGAAACUCCAACUGCAAGAGUUGGAAGAACUCAGGAUUGAAUCCUAUGAUGAAGCCAUGUGGGUGAAGCCAUUUAGAGACAACUCAGAGGUGCGCACAGUGGAAGAAAUUCCAUUGCGCACAACUGAUGUUCUCGCCUAA